AUGCAAUGGAGUCAAAUUGCACAACAGCAGCAGGAUACACGUUGGCAAAAACCAGUCCAAGGAUGGUACAAGUGCAAUGUUGAUGCGGCUUUUCACAAAGAGCGAAACAGGUCCAGUUUUGGUUGGUGUCUUCGUGAUGAUGAGGGAUGCUUUGUUAUGGCUGAAACAACGUGGUUGAAUGGGAACUGCUCCAUUAUAGAAGGAGAAUCCAUAGCCUUACUUGAAGCAUUGAAAGUAUUGGAACAAAGAGGCAUAUCUCAUGUUAUAUUUGAGACGGAUUCCAAAAGUGUGGUGGAUGCAAUUCAUAAUUUACGCAGCGGUAGCUCUGAGUUUAGUUCUAUUAUUUGCCUUAUUAAAAAUACUCUCUUAUGUAAUCCAAACUUUAAGGUCAAGUUUAUUAAGCGGAAAACGAACAUGGUUGCUCACACACUUGCUAGGGCGGCCAUUUCUUGGUCUAGUCGUUGUACCUUUGAGUCGAUACCUACUUGUAUUCUUCCUUUAUUGAAUAAUGAAAUGAGAUAG